AUGGCGACGUUUCAAGCACCGCCUCCUGCGCCUACGCCGGCAGCACGUGGACCUCCAGACGCAGCAGCUAUGAAGAACCGCAUCCUCACGCACAUGAAUGCCGAUCACCACCUCUCACUACGCCUCUACUUGCAACAUUACUCUCACGUCCCUUCCUCGGGCACCAUCUCGGCCCAGAUGCUAGACAUCACGACCGAACACAUCAUCGUGGAAUCCAGCUACGGGCGCCACGUGAUCCCCUUCGAGCCGCCAAUGAACUCUCUUAUGGAAGCUCGCGAACGGCUGGUCGACAUGCACAACUUGUGCCUUAAGGAACUGGACGUGUCCAACGUGAUGGUCAAGAACUACGUUCCGCCCGAUCGUGUGUGGCAGUGGAUGCUCAGCGGCUUGUGCGUGCUGAUUCUCUCGACCUUUCCAUUCCGCGACUCGUUGAGACCAGAGUCUGGAUCCGUCAUUGCAAAGAUCUGGAGUCUCGGGGGGCGGGCGCCCUGGCUGGCUGGAUUGAGUUACACACUCUCGCCGCUGGUUUUGACGAUCAUCGUCGUGCUACAUUCUGGCGAGACGGUAUGGUUCAUCAACCGGCGCUUGAGUAGGCAUUGGGUCGAAACGGGCACGGCUGUCUGGUGGUGCUGGGUCCUGGAUUGUCUAUUGGAAGGUGGUGGGUGUUUCACCCGUUUCGACCGAGUGGUGAAGAGGAUGGAGGCGGAGAAGAAGGGAGGCGGGAAGCAUUGA